AUGUCGACGUUCAGUUUCAUCGUUAAUUGCAUCAUCUUGGCAGUUGUCGUCUGCGUUCAGGUGAUUGUCGCAGGACCACAAGGCCUUGGAGCGACGCAGAACUCGACGAUACUUCCGAGCGAAUCGCAUUCCGAUAAUCAUAAGGAUCACAAUGAAUCGCCGCGGCGUCAUCAUCGGAUUCAGAACCUACUGGUGGACGGUAUGAUCUGUUCGUGCGAACCUGGAACACGUAGGAUACCAGUACGGGACGAUUACCUGUUCACGCCGGACAUCGGAUCGCACAAGUUUCACAUGAAACCGACCACAUGGAACAACGCGCGGAGGACAUGCAGCGAAGAGGGCGGUCAUCUGGCUAUCGUGAACUCGAAGGCUGAAGCUCAAGUAUUAACGAAAAUAUUCGAUCAAGCCGGGCCAGUGAUUGGCGCCGCGUUCCCGGACGAGGCAUUUCUCGGUAUCCACGAUCUCUACAUGGAGGGCGAUUGGGUCACGAUUCUCGGGGACCCGCUCGCGAAAACCGGGUACAGCUGGUGGAGUGAAAAGUGGGGCGGACAGCCGGACAACGGGGGUGGUGUACAGAACUGCGGAGCUAUCCUGAAGGAUGGCAAGCUCGACGACGUCCAGUGCGAGGCGAACUUCCCAUUCUUCUGCGAGCUGCCUCUCGUGAAUUAUAUCUAACCCAGGCUCUUGAUAUAUCCUUCCUUUCGCACACCGAUGAUCACCAGGACGAGACGGGAAACUGGUUCUUGAGUGCCUCCAAUGUACAGCAAACAACUCGGAAACAAGAGCACAAAAGGCGAAACACACACACACACACACAUACAGGGAGUGAGAAAGGGAGGAGCAACGGUUCCCCGGUAUCGGUUUUCAC